CCGGGGGCGCGGCGGCAGCGGUGCGGCUGGCCAUGGCGAGGGGUGCGCGGCGACCCCCCGAGUGGCGCUGCGGUGUCAGAUUCUUAAUCAAGUACCAGCUCUGUGGAUCCAGGACAGAGCAAGCUAAGAAGAUGGGUCGAUUGAAGAGCCAUCUGAAAGUGUGCUUUCUACCUUCUGUGCCCUUUUUAAUCUUAGUAUCCACUCUAGCCACUGCUAGGAGUGUGACAAACAGCACUUUAAAUGGCACUGACAUGGUCUUGGGCUCUGUGCCCGUAAUCAUGGCCAGAACUGACCAUAUCAUAGUCAAGGAAGGGAACAGUGCCUUGAUUAACUGUAGCGUUUAUGGCGUCCCUGACCCGCAAUUCAAGUGGUAUAAUUCCAUGGGCAAGCUGCUGAAAGAAGAAGAAGAUGAGAAGGAAAGAGGAGGAGGAAAAUGGCAAAUGCAUGACAGCGGCCUCCUGAACAUCACCAAGGUGUCUUUCUCAGACCGAGGUAAAUACACGUGUGUGGCUUCCAACAUCUAUGGCACUGUGAACAACACGGUGACCCUGAGAGUCAUCUUUACCUCUGGGGACAUGGGCGUCUACUACAUGGUUGUCUGCCUCGUGGCCUUCACCAUCGUCAUGGUCCUCAACAUCACCCGCCUGUGCAUGAUGAGCAGCCACCUGAAGAAGACUGAGAAAGCCAUCAACGAGUUCUUUAGGACAGAAGGCGCAGAGAAGCUGCAGAAGGCAUUUGAGAUUGCCAAGCGGAUCCCCAUCAUCACCUCAGCCAAAACUCUAGAGCUUGCCAAAGUCACCCAGUUCAAAACCAUGGAAUUUGCCCGCUAUAUUGAAGAGCUCGCCAGGAGUGUGCCUCUGCCUCCUCUCAUCAUGAACUGCAGGACGAUCAUGGAGGAGAUCAUGGAAGUGGUGGGGCUGGAGGAGCAGGGGCAGAACUUUGUGAGGCACACUCCCGAAGGCCAGGAGGCUGCAGGCAGGGACGAGGUCUACACGAUCCCCAACUCUCUGAAGCGAAGUGACUCUCCCACCGCCGACUCAGAUGCCUCAUCCCUGCACGAACAGCCUCAGCAGAUUGCCAUCAAGGUGUCCAUUCACCCACAGUCCAAAAAGGAUCACGGGGACGAGCAGGAGGGUGCACAAUCUGAAGUCAAAGAUGAAGAGGAGACAGAACCAUCGGCCGAGCAUUCCCCAGACACUGCAGAGCCUUCUACAGAUGUAACAUCCACGGAACUAACGUCUGAAGAGCCGACCCCUGUUGAGGUAUCAGGUCGAGGGCUGCCACCACCUCACCCGGAGACUCCAGAGCCAGCAGUGACACAUGACAAAAACACCUGCAUUAUUUACGAAAGCCAUGUCUAAUAUCAAUUCCGAAAAGCUAUGCAUAUCAAGAAAAUCAGGGGCUGCUCCUUGUAAUACAGAUGUAGUACGCACUUGCCGCUAAGCCUUACCAGGAGACUCUCAUCCCUUAGGUAGGAGUGAUGCCAUUUUAAAAGGGGAAACACCUGUGUGCAGUGUAUGUGACUGGAAUUUCCCCAGUAGGAAAGGAUGCAAGCAACAUCAGGGUGCGAAUUGAUCAUGCUGGACAGAAGGUGUCUGUCCACACGAUGUGAAUUUCAGAGGCCAUUCUCUGUCGAAUCCCUUAAUUGGUGUUGCCCUUUUGGCAAAGAGUACACUACUGUAAGAUAUCCUGAGUUAAGAGCCCUGUCCAAUGCAUACUGCAUUGCUUUUCCUUUUAAAAAUUAUAGGUCUGCUACAAUAGCAAAUGCACGUUCUUGGGUUUGUUGCACUUUCUUCUCAGUUUUACUUACUCUCCCUGUUCCUUUAUAAUGGAGUAGUUAUUAUUUAAUACUACUUGCUCUGUGUUAGUCCUCUUUCCCAGUUUUGUCCUUAUUUUUCCCUAGUACAUUUACCUCACAGGCUUCGGUGUCUGUCAUCAGUACCAGGGCUGAUAUCUACAGGUCAUUUGUAAUGUUUCAAACUAGCUUUCUAGGCUCAUUUUUUUUUUUUUUUCAUUCCCCAAGCCUAUUUCCAUGCAUUGCUUUUUUUGUUUGUUUCCAGUGAAGCUGCUGUUAUGAAACUGAGAAAAACUUUGCCCCCAGAAUAGCACUUUAAUAGUCAAAUAAAAAUGUAUUUACUUAUCCAAUUCUGAGAGCCUUUUGAUGAGCUCAACUGGAGGGAAAUUGUAGCAGGUUAAAUACACCCUUAUUACCCACGAACACCUCUGUUUAUGCUUAAGCAACAUCAGCCUCCAAAGACUGAUUCUUUACCUGGAAAACCUGUUACCUACAAAGACAGAUACAUUUGCUGAAUUCCUGUAGGUUGGCUUUCCAGGAGGGCUUUUCAGGGACCAUAUGCCAUAGGUUGAUUCAAACACUUGAUUUGACAUUUGUGAACUAGUGUAACCAGAUCUACUUUUCUUAAAUGUAUAGCUGACUUGUUGAUGGUCAAGGGAGUGAAAAGUUAGCAUAAUGGUAUCAAAUUUCUUGUAGAGAUUGUUCAAUUAUUGUUCAGUCACACAAGAAAGCAGGUACAUAUGAGGGUACAUCAUGUUAUGGAAAGAAGACAAAACUAGUCAUUGAAAAGUAUAAUACCUGACUGCCCAUGACCAGCAGCCUGCUUUGCAAAGUCUGGGACUCGGUUUCCAUAUCUGUAAGAGCGAGCAGAACAGACGAACCCUGAGCACCAUUUCAGUGGUCUCACUCUAACAGAACCAAACAUGUUAGCAUCCUUGCUCUCUUCCACAAUUCCUUUAUGGGUUUUUGCCUCUUCACUGGGCCCAUCUAACUUUUUUAUGCUGCAUUACUUAAAGAAAGAGGAUCAGUUUUAAAACAUCAUAGCAUAUUAAACAAAUUGUGAAUUGUCUCCCCCAACCCCCAAAUCAUUAGGACCACUUGUACAGUUUAGAUUUAAUCCUGUUGAGAAUUAGUGUUAUCAUUUCAUUUUCACUUAGAGGUAAGGGAGGCAGUAACCUUCAAACAGUUACAAGGUUAUGACCAUGUCAAGUGACAGGAUUAUGAUGUUGGAGGUUCCAUGGACCACACUGGCCAUGAGAGAGCAUGUCUAGAUGUUUAGUCCUCAUUCUGUCACCACCUGGGGAAGUGACCAUGGGCAGCAGUCUUCCUCUCUGUGGUUUAGUUCUCCUCAUCUAUAAAAUAUGUAAGCAGCACUCGACCCACAAAAUUGCUUCUAGCUCAAACACAGUUUUAAGGAAAAUGUGUGAUCUGUGAUAGGCUCUAUUGCACAGGAUAAGCAAAACUUGAGCAAAACUGAAAUCCCUGAGACUGGAUCCUUUUGCUGAUCAAACUUUAUAGCAAACAUAACUCAGCUCUGUAACUCAGGGCAGUUACAGAAGCAGCAGCUUAAAUGGGUUUAUUUAUAAAUCACUGGUAUGGAAGGCAAUCAGACAAGACAUGGAGUUUGAUCAGACAUCUCUUUUAAGCAGUGAACUAUUGCCAUCUUGUUAGAAGUGUCUUAAGUGGCCACAUUAGUCGUAAGCAAUCAAGAGAAAUGAUGACUCCUGUUUGGGUUCCCUGAACUAAGCUUUUGUGCAUUUGGAUUAUAGAAAUAUUUUAUUUCCAGCUCUUAGAAUAUAAAACUUUUCCAGUUGCUAUGGAAGUUACAUUCUUACCAUGGAUUUUGUACCCUCAGAGCAACAACAAUAUAAGAAGCUCAUUUUCUAAUAUUGUGUGAAAUUUUCCCCCAUCUGUUCAGGUCUCAUUCCUUCUAAACCCAUGUGAAGAUUCUCACAUGGAAACUACAGGAGAAGGUGUCUAUUCCAUCUAGGGAAAAUAAGCUAAAAUAGGGCAGAUGUUUUAAUGAAGCAAGAGCAGAAAUGUGUGACCAAAGACUCUUUCCAGAUUGGUUUCUGCUUCUGUAGUCUGCAGUCGAUUCAGAGAUUUUCAAAACCUUCUCCCUUUUGAAGGCAUCAAAAUGCUCUUCAAAUAAUAGUAGCCACUAUAGAGGGAGGUUGCUUUAUAAUGGGAAUUUCUCCUGCCAGAAAUUCUACAUUCUUCCUCUCCAUCUUACAGCUUCUUUACGAAAAGAGAGACCUCCUGCUAGAAUAUGAAAUGUAGACCUCAUGACUUCCUGCUGAUUUUUCAAAGAUCAAAUGAGCUGUUCAGCUUCAUAAAAAUUCACAGGAGUGCAUGAAUAUGUGUGCACUCUCAUGCACAUUGGAUGAACUGGGGCAGUUUUAAAGAUUUAACACUACAUCCUGAGCCCUGUCCUUAGCGUCUUAUGUAGGCAUUCUUGAAAUCAAACAAUUUCUGGUUUGAGUCAUCCUGAUCACAUACCUAUCUUGCAGUUAUUUUCUUGACAUCUGAAAAUGAUUCACACCUGUGUGCACAUUUAAUUCCUUUAGAUGAUCUGUAAACUUGGAUGGUAUUUAUUCUAAAUGGGGAAAAUAGAAUUUUAUAUGGAAAAUCUAUGUAAUUUAUAAUGGUUUUGUUUUAUAUAUUAUAUUUUCAUAUCUUUAGGGCACAUCUACUAUUCUCAUCUUUUUGUACAUCAUACUUGGCAAAAAGAAAUACUAAUACUUGACUAAAAUCUCUAGGAACCAAAUGUGAUAUGUGUGAUAUAUAAUGUGUAGAAAUGGCUCUAAAACUAUCUGAAUGUCUCAUCCAUCCCAAGCAUUCUUGUGUCACUGUAUCUAGAGUGAUUUGUCUUGGAUCUGUAUAUCUUUUUUGCAAUUAAGGCUCAAAGGCUUGACAUAUCCCUCACAAUGGAUUCUAGAAUCCCCUUCCCUUUCUUUCUUAUUGUAUGUCUUAUUUUUAAUUGCAUAAGUCUGUGUCAUUUCCUUUUGAAGAACAAAUGUGAGAACUCAAGAAAGCAACUUAAUGGAAAAGAACGAAUGAAUUUAACUAUGGCUGUGUAAAUGAUUUUUCAAUAGACAGAUAACAUGGUUCAAAUCUAAUGCUUGGGGUGUUAUUUACCAGUGAUCCAAGAACUGCUUGACUGUUUAGCAUGUGAAGAAAAUGUGAGGCACAAAGAAUAUUUGCAUGUUUUGAACAGGCACACUUGAAACAGUGCAACCAACACAAAUCAGCUUGACCAAUCCUAGCCCCUGGAAGAAAUAUUUUAAAAAAACAGACUCUUUUUGUUAUACCAUUCAAAAUAUGGUGUUGUAGCACUGCUGAAAUCCUUGAGUGGCAGUCCCUGUGGUUCUGUCAACUUGGGAUUUCCUUUCUGAUUUUCAUUUGGUCUGAAAAUGGAGCAUUUAGCUUGUAUUUCAGAGCCUCAAAUUUCUCAGCGCAGUUAAAGUGCUAUCCUUUACCCACAUUCACAUAUCCUUCGGUAGUCCUUUAAUUCCCGUUUCUCUUAUUGCUUUUUAAACUAACUUAUUGGUACUCUUUAAAGAGCUACAAAAUUUCAUUAUAUUCACAUACAUAUUUUGAGUACCUGUUAUCUUCAAGAUAUUGAUAUUCACCUAUUCACUUAAAAAUCCUCCAGUUGAUAACCAAGUUAAUUUUCCUAGUUUUCAGUGAUUAACUGAGUUUAGGUUAAGCCAAUCAAUUUGUGGAGUGCGGGGUGGAGGGGGUGAGGGGUGGAAAAAAUAAAACAGCCUUGCUUAUUGUAUUUUUCAAAGGACUGAGUGUUUAUCUGUUAUCCAAGAAAAUAUCAUACGAGGAUGCUAAUGAUCUUUAACUCAGAUUUUUUAGAGAUGGAAUUUAUAAAGGGGCUAGUACUAACACUACCAGCAUCAUAAUUGAAGCCAGAGGAUAUAAACAUAGAAAGUUCCAAGAAUAUUCUGACAGAUUAUUUUUAACUGACAAUAAAAGCCCCCGAAUGUAUCUAUCAGACACCAUAGAACUGCUGUAGUUGAGUUAGGAUCAAAGAUGUCCACAUUUGUGUUUGGUUUGCUGUAUUACAGUAGUUCUGGAUGUCGUUGGUUAAGUGGAAAAAGAAAAUAAAUGUUAUCUGGGCAGAAAUGUUAAUCUGGUGAUUUUGUGAACUAUAAAAUGUUCACUUUUUAAAAGAGAUAAAAUAAAUGACUAAUAUAUAGGUUGAUAUUACAGUAGCAAAAACAACCAUGUUACCCAUCCUGUAUUUGAUUUUUGCUUUAAUAAAGGGUUUG